GUGGGCAGGAGCUGUGCUCCCAGGAGGAGCUCUGGGGGCAGGCAGGAAAAGGCCCUGCUGCCAUCCUGAGAGCACUCAGAGCACUGGCGCUGAAAAACGGGAGGAAGAGAAAGAGAGAGAGGAACAAAAGUCGGGAAAACCUGCCAUAGAGAAAGAACUCCUUGUGGAUGGCAGGGUCCCCAGGACUCCAAUGAAAGGAGUGCCUGGAAAGCUCAAGCAGAAAGCUCAGCCUCUUCACGCUGGCUCCAGAGAGCGCCAGCGUUAACCGGGAUUAAGAAACUCAACUAAUGCUUCCCAGCGCCGGGAUUGCAGCAGCGCGGAGCCUCCCGAGGCAGAGAACCGCGACGGCAAAUCCGGCCGGAUCUCCGGGCAGGCAGAUGCCGCUUAACCCCGGAUUUAUGUGCAUCCCACCUCUGCAGAGCCGCUGGAAAACCACCGUGCCUCCCCUGGGCGGACAGUGAGCGCUGCCAGCCCAGCCGGGGCUGCUCCGUGCCCGCCGCCAGCCGGGCGAAGAGGCUCCCUGGCUCUGUGUCCCCCAGUCCAUGCCGGAGCGGGGGCACCGGGCUCGCAGCGCUCUCCCAGCUCAUCCCUGCUCCGUGCCCGCUGCUGAAGAGGCUCCCUGGCUCUCUGUCCCCCAGUCCAUGCCGGAGCGGUGGCACCGGGCUCUCAGCGCUCUCCCAGCACAUCCCUGCUCCGUGCCUGCUGCUGAAGAGGCUCCCUGGCUCUGUGUCCCCUAAUCCAUGCCGGAGCGGGGGCACCGGGCUCGCAGCAUGCUCAGCACAUCCCUGCUCCGUGCCCGGGGUUGAAGAGGCUCUGUGUGCCCCAGCCCAUGCUGCAGGAGCGUUGGCACCGGGCUCUCAGUGCUCUCCCAGCUCAUCCCUGCUCCGUGCCCGCUGCUGAAGAGGCUCUGUGUCCCCUAAUCCAUGCCGGAGCGGUGGCACCGGGCUCUCUGCGCUCUCCCAGCUCAUCCCUGCUCCGUGCCUGCUGCUGAAGAGGCUCUGUGUCCCCCAAUCCAUGCCGGAGCGGUGGCACCGGGCUCGCAGCGCCUUCCCCGCACAUCCCGGCUGACCGGCAGAUGAGCCAGCGCAUUUCCCCAAACGAGGAGUGCUGGGGGAACCAGGGCCAGGACACGAGGUACCUGUAUCAUUUUUGAUUAAUACUUGUGGGUAAAUGCUGUAAAUAUGAGGCAAGAAGAUUUAAAGGAAAGUCACUGAGCCGUGCAAGUGAAUUAAUUUGUUUCAGACAACAUGCGGCUGGGUUGCAUCCUUUUACAAGCAGGAACAUUGUUUCUUUCCUAUGCCAAAGACUGACUGCGUUUGCCCUCCUGUUUUACUUCUGCUGUGGAAGAAAUUUAAGCAAGAACAUGUAUAGUGAAUUGCUCAAUUCCACCAGUUCCACUGAAGCUCACCUAAUGAUUCAGACCAACACGCCCUACCUGAGCAGCACCCCGAGACCCGUGAGCUCCUCUGCUCUUUACAUGUCGACAGCCAGGGUGUUAAAAGAAGGGGAAAUAAAUAAGCCAGACCUGGUGACUUACAUCAUUCUAUUUUUCUUUCUGUUCUUGACUGUGACAUUCAUUGUGUUCUUCAUAAACUGCCAGCUGAAAAACUCUUUUUUUGCUACUCUUCCUUACGACAGAUCGCUCAGGGAGGCGAGGAACCCGUGGAGGACACAAGCUGUCUGACACCUCUCGUGCCAGCAGGAGCAGGCACCACAAACCCUGUGCAGCGAGGAGUUGGUGCCAUGUGCCAGUGCAAGGAUGGGAGCCCCUUUAGAGUAGUGGGCAGGAGGAGAUUGCUCAAAAUUCUGCUGUAUGCCAAACUGAGUAGCUGUAAAUAAAAAGCUCUGUUAUGAACUGAAGAGAAUGCUUUAGCAAAUUGAUACAGUUUUUGCAAAAUAUCGCCCCGUGAUUCCAGAUUAAGCUCUGUGUGUAUGCAAAUGUCAUCAUCCACCCAUUCAGUGUCCAUACAAGGAUAAUUGUAUUAACAACAAUCUCUGAUUUGGGCAUCUGGUGGAGCUUGUUCCCCCAUGUUUAGGAAACCAAGCAUCAAAUGUAAAAAACCAGUGUACUUACCUAACAGCUCCACAGAGAUGAGUUUACUUUCCAGAUCCAUUUCUCCCAACUGCAUGGUGAUGCUGUGGGAGGCCUGCCAGGCAGGAGGAGAAAAUGAAAAAUGUUUAUUUAGAUUUUUGAUUGUCAUUCUGUUAAGGGUGUUUUUUGAUGUUUGAAUGCAUCAUCGAUCAAGUCUUAAGUUACUACUUAUGUGAAACACUUACUACCUAAUGAAUUUAUUUUCAUCUUUCAUAAGCUGCAAAGGAAAUUAUUUGCCACAGCAUGAAACCAAAAUAAUCAGGCUGGGGAGAAGUAGGGAAAGAAAAUUAAUAUAUUUAAUAUUAUGCAAACUAAUGAGAAGUGUGAGCAGAGUGCUCCAAGUUUGAUACACAAAGUGGGUAAGUUCUGAAAGCCAUAAAACACAGCUUUAUAGGAAUAGUAGCUUUACUUUACCACUCCUUGCUCUUCCUCUAAACCUAACCCAAUUAGAACUAUAAAUGAUCAAUAUGACAACAGCUUGAUUCAACACUGGUCACUGGCAGGCCCUACCAUUUCAAAUUACUAUCUGAUUUUGUUCUAAAAUCAGAACAAAAAAGCUCCUGCUUAACCCUGGUAGGUGACAAGCUAUUUUGUAGAUGCUGAUUUCUUGAAAACUUAAUUACAGCACAAUUCCAGAUGAAGCUGCAUGUAUGCGGGAAGAGUGUCCAUAACUCCCACAAACAGCAGGCAAAGGGCUUGGGUUUGGGGGUUUUUUGGUUUUGUUUUUUGUUUUUUUUUAAUCAAAUGGCUCAACAUACAGGAGAAUUGCAGCUAUCCAGAAGCACCUGGAUACAGUGUGUUUCUGGAUAGCUAAAUCCUAAAUCCUAUUUAACUACAAAAUAGUCCUAAAUCCUGUUUUAGCUGCAGUUUUGGGUAUUGGAUCAUCUGAAAUGGGUUCAAAGUGGUGUCAGAUGCUGCUCCUAACCCUGUUCUUGACCUGCAGAGUACUGCAGAGGAGCUGUGUGUAUAUAUGUGUAGAUAACUUAUUUCAUCCAAAGGAGGUAAUUUUACAAUGCAAUUACACACACAUACAGGCUUGCACUCAAGAACACAGACAAAAAGUGUAUAUAUGGAAGUCUGUUUGCAAGCUUCUUCUUUUAUAACCCCAAAAUUGCACAGCUGAUAACACUUCCAUGUCAUUGUCUUUGUUACCAUGUUUUAUUUUGCUCCAAUAAGCUAAACUACUACAUAACAGAUUUCAAUAUUUUAUUCCUUGAUAUGUGGCCAAUAGUUCCUAUGAACCAAAUUUAACUGCUGUAAUUCCAAUUAAUGCAGAAAGCAACAAUAAAUGCAAGUGUAUUUCUCUCAGCCCUUUUUGAAUAAAUCAAGUUUUAUCAAA